UUUUUUUUAUCGAGAGUCGGAGCUCUGGAAAAGAGGAUGUGAUUUUGCUGUUUUGCCGUGUAUAAUUUAGCGAUUUUGUAAUCGAGACUAUCGAGGGAAAAUCUCUUCGUUCGGCUUUGACCGUUGACGGAUUUAUGGGGGAGUAAUCGAUGAUUUAUCUCCAGGUAUACUCAACCUCGUUUUUUCAGUGUAAAAAUACAACAGACGUGCAUGUACGCAAUCCGUGACGAAAUAUCGAAAAAAAUUCUCUUCCAGAGAACAGUAUUAGAAAGUAUACAGUGCAAACAAAAAGCUACAGCUUCUCUCUCUCUCUCUCUCUCUCUCUCUCUCUCUCUCUCGACACUUUCCAACCAACUGAUGCAGCCGCGUUUUGAUUUUUUUCCUCUCCUCGAUCGCGCAAUACGCGGCUCUUAUCGAACUCCGAUAAUGACAUCCAUCGAAAGAGCCGGUACAGCCGGCCCCAAUUUCUCGCAUAAAUGCUUCGCUCCUUCCUCGGCGUCUCUUAGUCUCUCCCGUCUCCUCGAAGCGCGAAUAAUCGAAAAUUUGCGCACAGCUGGUGCAGUAUAGUGUAUACAAUAUAAACGAGAAAACAACAGUCCUGCUUUUAGCCAAUCGACUCUCGGUUUAUAUAGUCUCUAUACGCGCCUUUCACUCGCAGAAUCUAAGAGCUACGACGUCGAAAUAUAUAUAUAUAUACACACUUGGUUCACUUCACUUUCAUACCGGAGGCUAAGGAACUCGCAUAAUCUUGGAGUGGCUACCAGUCGACGCCAAUCAUCGUCGCUGGGUUUCUUUUUUUUCGGCUAGUGUAUAAAUCGAGGCUUCGAACUUUGUAGUAUACAUCGAUCGAUUCGGUGCUGUAUACAAGACAGCGAAGACGCCGGUCUUGUUUUCGAGUGUCUCGUCGUUAUGUGAUAGCCCCUGACUCCGCUUGCUCAAUACUCUCGCGAAAAUGUUGACUUGCUACAUGACCGCCGUGCAGUCGGACUUUUUCGCCGGCGACUUGCACAGAAAGUACCGGAGCCUUCCCCAGAGGAACAACGUCAACGUCGAAGGAGCGACUCACAAGCAGGUGGUGGACCUGAUAAAGUCAGGCGGCGACGUGCUGACCCUUACUGUGAUCUCGGUGACGCCCCAGGAGGCGGAAAGACUGGAACCCUGCGAGGACCUGAGGUACGUCAUCUACGCCUCGGUGGACUACAGCGAGAAGAGGUCCCUGCCGAUCAGUGUGCCGGACUAUCACGUGCGAGAGCGUAAACACGAGCGUUACGUCGUCUUCAACGUGCACAUGGCCGGCCGACACCUGUGCUCGAGACGCUACCGCGAAUUCGCCGCGCUGCAUCUGGCGCUGAAGAAGGAGUUCAUAGGAUUCAACUUUCCCAAGCUGCCUGGGAAAUGGCCCUUCCAGCUGAGCGAGCAGCAGCUGGACGCGAGGCGACGAGGCCUGGAGCAGUACCUGGAGAAGGUCUGCGCGGUGCGGGUGAUCGCCGAGAGCGACGCGAUGCAGGAGUUCCUCACAGACCGACUGGAGGAGGACGGCGACCAAGGGCCGGCAGUCGACCUGAAGGUUCUCUUACCCGACCGAGAGGUCGUCACCGUGACGGUGCCCAAGGCCGCGUCGGCCAAGGACGUCUACGAGGCGGUCUGCUGCCGCGUUGGCCUCGAUACCGAGACUUCAAAGUACUUUUAUCUCUUUGAGAUCGUCGAGUACAACUUCGAGAGGAAGCUGCAGCCCCAUGAGCACCCCCACACACUAUACAUUCAGAACUACUCGACGGCGAGUGCCACCUGCCUAUCGAUCCGGCGAUGGCUCUUCAACAUCUCGAGGCCUCUCAGCGAGCAGGCGCUCACGUGGAUCUUCUGGCAGACUGUCGACGAAGUUAACCGAGGCCACAUCACAGCCGGCGAGAGGCUCUACCAACUCAAAGCUCUCCAGGACGCGUCUAGGAAGCACGAGUACCUAAAAUUAGCCCGAGAGCUGAGUGGCUACGGCGACAUAGUGUUCCCGCACUGCCCGUGCGACUCGAAGAAGGAGGGACACGUUGUAGCGGCGGUGGGUAUGUCGGCGUUCAAGUUGCACGCGGCCAAGGAAGACGGUACGCUAGAAUCUCAGGUGGUGGAGUUCCAGUGGAACACCGUCACCCGCUGGGAGGUCGACGACGAGGGGAUGGCCUUCUGCUUCCAGUACACGCGCACGGAUAAUCGACCGCCGCGUUGGUUGAAAGUCUUCACGCCCUAUUACAUGUUCCUGUCCGACUGCUUUGACCGAAUAGCCGAGGAGGCGAAAUGGGAGGACCCGGGCGAAUGACAGAGAAUGCGAAACUAAUUAGACUCUUGGCAUUUCGUAAAGAUCGUAUCGGACUUUCCGACCAUCUAGAUGACUUUUAGGUUACACAAAAGAAAAACUCGCAAACUCUGUUGCUCGAUAAGCGAAAAAAGGAUGAUUCUCUUUUGAGGAAUGUUACACUGUUCUACGAUUAUCAAUUUUUGAAUACAGACUGUAAAGACCGUCCCCUCUACAAGACAGCACUCUGCAAUGUUUGUUUAACGAUCGUUUGAUAUUCAUUAUAGUGUUGAGCGUAAGACAAUAUGCUUCGACGCAUAUUUUCAUAUUUUCUCUGAUCGUGAAUAUCUUAGUGAUUGAGUGCAAUGAGUUCGUCGGAACUUGAUCGAUGAAAAAAUGUCAUAGGAAAUUGCGUUUGCCUAGAUAAGCGAAAAUCAUCUGGCCUACUAUUAAAUAUCAUAUAUCAGAUUAUCUUCUCUCUAGCCUAAAUACCUAAAUAAUUUCUCUUAAGAGUUAAAAAAAAGGUAUUGCAUAAGGUUAUUAAGGUAUAUGUAGCAAGCAAGUAUUAUUGCGUUUUAUGUCCGCCACAACUGCACCGCUGUUCAACCAUAGCAAGAAACUUUUUUGAUAUUAUUAAUUUUCUUGUUCACCGUAUAUAUUUUAUUUUCCAAUCACCUCUCAUUUGAAUCAUGUAUUUAGAGAAAAUCGGAUUUGUAUGUACAUAUUGCUAUUGCAAUUUACUGCAAUGAAUCGUGCCAUAAGUCCAUAAUGGGUAAGAAAUAUAUGGUCGAUUUUUCGUUCGCAUUUGGUUGGACGGCUCAUUAAGUCGAACUGUUAGACAUAUUUUAUUCAUAUCUUUCUAAUGAUAGUCUUCUUUUGUGAAAGGCGUUUUUUAUAAAACAAAAAUGGGAUGUUAGUUCGAAUAAGGGGGCACGAAACGUAGUGAUUAAAUAAGCUUUCAUUUAUCCUAAGGGUAAUAAUACUCAAUCUCGUUGUAUAAGUUCCAAAUAAUUAUCGCCGAUAUCAUGAAAUGAUUAUAAGUUGCUGUCGGCGAACAAUGUCGCGCGUAUGUGAACAAAUUUGAGAUUUCCGACAGUCAAGUCCUUGUCGAGCGGCCAACUUUUGAAUACUGUACAUAUUUUUCGCAAUACUUUAAAGUUUUCAUUGAUCGUGUAAAUUUAUUUAUAUACGACUUUUAUUUUCGAUCUAUUUUGUUGUUUAUAUAUGAGUAGGAGUUUAUUAAUGAAAAAAAGAAUUUAUCAAGUAUUUCUAUGAUUUGUUAACGCUCGAUGGGUACAUUCGAAAAUUACGAUUAUCAAAUUGAAAAAAAUAUUACAAUUAUUUAUGUAUACUUAUAGACGUAUGAAAACAAUUACACAUACACAUAUAUGAUCGUCGUUACUGUUUUUAAACUUUAUGAAAAAAUCCGCGGGAAAAAUGAAGAAAGUGCGUAAAUGUAUAGUUAUAUGUCGUAGGAAAUAUAGACUCGAAUGUGAUGACGGAUACAAUUCCAUAAAAAAAAAAAUGAAAUAAAAGAGAAAUUACGAGAAUAUAAUAGUGCAACAAUACUGUUAGUGAUAGUGUGCUGUACAAUUAAAGUAUAACGUAGUCGCGGAUAUUCAGGACCAUAAUAUUCGUUAGGCGCCAAUGCUUUUGGUGCUUACUCGCAGACACAUCCACGCAUGGUUCCGUGUGUGCGUGUAUUCGGUUGAAUCUUCACGAAUGAAUCCUCGAUUAAUAAUUUAGAAGCGUAGUCUGUAGGAGGAGCCUUCGAAUCGAAUUUGUCUUCAGCAUCACUCUUUUUAACGUUGAUUCUUGUUAUUAUUAUCAGGCAUGAUCGUCGGGCGUCUCGCGAUUAUGCGAAACGAAUUGUUAUUUAAUUUUGUUUAUCUUCGUAUUACUUGUUCGAAAAUAUACACAUUACUCGAACCUUAAGGAUCAAACAGCAUCACACAUUUACUAUCAUUGAAUCUUUUCUUCCUCAAGCAUUACAUUUUCUUAAGAUGAUAUUAUAUCGAUGCGACGAACCGUUAGUUUUUAAAGUUGCGUUUAUUCUACUUUAUAGGCAUAUUCAAUCAAUGAACAAUUACUUACACUUUUUACAGUAUAGUAGAACAUUUUACGAAAAUGUUUGAUUUUCCAUACGCUCCGAGAAUAGAGAUGAACUUGAUGCGUAUUUUAUUUCAAUGCAUUAGUUUUAUUUCUUUGUAAAAAUGAGGUAAAACCGAUAAAAAAAAAGAAGAAGCAAUAAAGUUGUCUUGUGUAAAAAGCAUGUCAAGUAUAGUGAUUUUUCCGUCUUGUAUAGUAUUAGCGAUAUAGAACUUACCACGUCACUUGCAUCCCUCUAAAUUACGUGUACGUCAACGAAAUUGAAUUCAAAAGAUGAAAUAGAUUUAUGAAUUUUUUUCAACACAAGUGUAGAGUUGCGUUAUGCUUUUUUGAAUAGAUGAAAAUGGAACAACGAUAGCUUUUUAUAGAACAGGAAACGAAAAACGUAGUACAAAGUUCGCUUGGAACAAAUUUGGCUACAAAUUACCGAUAAUCACGAAAAUUGGUACAAGCAGAAAAGUAAAAAAAAAUGUAUUGAAGUAGUGACAGUGACAAUGUUGAAAAUGAAAGAAUUCUAUAUUACGAGUAUUGUAUAUUUCAAAACGUUACAAACUGUAUAAUUUCGAGCGAAAAUAUUAUGACAAAUGUAUCUAACGCAAGAAUGCAGUCUCUUUCGUUAUUGAAAAUUGUUUUCACUGCAGCUAUACGCAGUUUGCAAUAUAAAUUUUGUUAUCUUAUAUCUACAAUUGUUAUUCGGACACGGAGUAGUUCGCCUGUUUUAUGUACACACCGCAUUUCUCUCAUUCUGCGCACUCGUUGAUUUCCGUAUGCGCUUUUUACUCGCGAAUGCAUUUACAGCGACUCGUGAAGAAGCUCGUCGAGAAAGUCGAUCGAUCCAAGGGAUAACCGAUCAAUCGACCGAUCUCGAGCGUUCGAUCCAUAUGUAUAAUUUACUUGUAACCGCGUUAUAAAUAAUCGCAUAUCAAUACGGUUAACUAGGCAUUAAUUAACGAUUAUGUAUAACCUGUAAGCCUGUAAUUUCAAGUUAACGACUCAACUCACCCGCGUAUAUUCGUACGUAUAUGUAUGUCUCUGAGCGCCUUUAAGUUUAAGCGUCAUCGGGCCCGUCUCCGUUUCAUAAACACCCAGCUAUGUCAUGAGAGCGUCUGUAAUACAACCGUACGAUGUAUAAUGUCUCUACGGGCCCGCAACUCGCGGAUCACCGCGGCGAUUUAGCAGAAAAGCGAGGAAAAAAAGUGAACAAAAUAAAAAUUGAAUCGAAUGCAA